GCGUUGUUGUGUGAGCCGUGUUGUUGUUGUGUGAGCGGAUGGCGUUGUCUGAUUGUGGUGUGAUGUGAGUUUAUUUAUGUUAAAAAUCUACACAGUGAUCUUAUUUGAUCUGGUCGGAGUACGGCUCCGCUUCGAUCAGAGAUGAUAGGAAACAGCGCCCUCGAGCCUCCGAGGCGGUGAGCGGUGGCGAGAGUUUCUGGGCCUCCACGCUGUGGUCGGAGAUGAUGAGUUGGAUCAGAUAUACUAGUUCUGGGUGCGUUUGGGUUCGUCUCAAGCCUCUCGAUGGACGAUGAGUAAAUCAGCGAUUCUGAUCCGAUCACGACCGAGAAGCCGCGAGAACCUCGCUUUAAAGCCAACAGUCGCUGUUUGUUUGCUUGUUACAAAGUCUGGGCGCGUUAGCGUGAUGUUUUUUUUACAUUUAAGGCCGAGUAAGUACAGUAGAGACUGGUUUGUUAGUCACCGGCCCCUGCAGGGCCGUGUUCACGUUUUAAAGGAUCACGUGGCGUGACGCAUGUUCCGGUCUUUUUGAGUUCACGUUAAUUCUCUUGCGAUGAGUUUCACUGAAACUAAAGUAAUAUUAAUUCAUACAUUUUAACGUAUCUACAAGUCACAUGUCUUUUCAUGAUUGCAUAUGAACGUGUACUUGUGUAAUUGCCGUAGUAAGAACCCUCGCGCCACGGUCGCAUUAUGAUGAUGCGUUGCGAAUAUCACAAACCGUGUUUACAGCGACGGAGACUCGAGUUAAGACCGAAACACGAAUGAUUCACCGGCGUUCGUUUACGCUUUAGCGUAACUUAUAAUUAAAACAGUAAUUUGCUCUUAACCCGUCCGAGUUCUACUGGGAUGUUGAGACCAGCAACUAGGCCGCGUCUUCCUUUUUGUUAGAGCAAGCUGUUCUCUCGCUCCCCCCCCCCCCCCCCCCCCCCCCCCAAAAAAAGGUGUAUAUGUAUGGGAACACUUUUUCCAAUUCACUCUUAAUGCACUUUAAACACUACAAUACAUUGAUUCGAGUACCCUGCUCUAUUCAUAAAAGUGAAGGAAUACAAUAAGUGCAUCACUCAAUUCUACAACACAAUGAACUGUAUUUGCUAGUGGCAAUGCCCCUUUUUAUGUAAAAUAUACAACUUGUCUACACACAAGGUCACGUAUCACAUUGUGCCUUGUCAGCUAUUGAGUAGAAUAAAACAACAAUUUCUGCUUUGUUUUCUACACCAGAUGUUUGUGUCUUCAUUCAAGUUGGAGUUUUUUUUCUUUGCAUUUAUUAUUCUUGUCUGGAGAAAUAAACAUGCACAUCCUCGCCAGUGGUAACAAACUGUCCAGUGGAGUAUUACAACAAAUUCCUAAAAGAAAAUGCAAUAAUUGUCAUUAUACUGUGGCUGUUUUAUUCUUUCCCUUUUGUUUCCUAAAAUUCACAACGUCCAUCCAAAAUAGUGAUUCUUAUUGAAAGAAGGAACUGAUGACAAAUUUUAUUUUCCCUCCAAAGAACAAACAUGUUUGAUUUUGUUCAAGCUUGUGAAAACCUCCCAAACCUGCGUUUUACAGGUUGUGUUGUUGCAAUCCAAAGCAAAGCGUUCAUAUUCUAAUACCAACACAAUAUGUAUCUCUUCCAGACAACCAACAAUGUGAUCUUUAGUAUAGCAUAGUUUUGAUAAGAUCAAAAUAGUUGUUUUAGACAAGCCUAUCAUACAUUCUUUGAUAAUAUUGUAUAAUCAAUUAAUACAAAUUGCCACGUGCCAAUAGAAAACAAAUAUACUAGUUGAUAAAUGUUAAGGACCACAUGAAAUCAGAUUAUACUUAUUUUUUCAUAAAAUCUUAAAUGUUUUAUGCAAUUGACAAAAAACAUUAAAACAUGAUUCACAAUGAUCUCAUUUUAUGAGUAAAGACCCUGGAAGACGUUCAAAAAGGGGGAAGUAUGAAAUAAACCCCGACGUGUUCAUAUUCAUAUUUACACCAUUUCCACACUAUCACAAUCAUUUACCAGGUGACGUCAGUUAAGUCCCCGAGGGCACAGGGUUUAAGGGGGCAUCGGAAUAGGGCCCUACAGCUGGAUUGGAACUGUUCUUUUGCUUAGGAAGGUUCCUAACCUUCCUAACUUCCUAACUAAGUGAAAUGACGCAGAAGUAGUGUAAGUAGCCGCUUUGAUGAAAGCCGUUCGAAUUCUCUCAGUCUAAAUGCUAAGAAAAUGAGCUUCAGUGCUUCCUUAUGCAUCUCCUUUAGCAUAGGAACCACUGGACCUUCCUUUACGAAAGGAAAGGAAAUCAGUCCGUCCCACAAUCCUUUGCGGUGGCAAUAUUUAAAUAGUGGCGUAUUAUUUUACAGAGAAACGCAGGUUAUGUAAGUAACCAUUUAAUUUUCAACCUUGUUAAUAAAGUCGUACGUCAGGGUACGGUGGUUAGGAAAAGACGUUAGUCAGGCAAUAAUGAGUUCGGUAGUGUUUUCGACUAUUCGAUACGGCCCCAGUUUCACUUUAUGAGUCCGUGACUCUCGCGAUAACGGCAGUUCCGACGAUGACGCCGGUCCUUGUGAUUACACGUGACCCGAUUCGUCCAACCACCUCUCGGCGAACACCAGUUGAGGCGCGCCAGGCCGAACGGAUGCUGGUGCCUCUCCUCGGACAGCUAACGCUCGUCUUUUGGUCACUAUGGCUACGUUCAGCAAAAAACGGCGACAAAGUCAGGUGAAAAGUGGCUCACAGAGUACCAAGAGCUUAGCGGACAUGUUCCUACGCGGUCCGACGGGCGUUGGAGAAGAGGGGCGUUUUGUGGAGGGCUCCAUACUUCGCCUCACCAUGAAAAACUUCCUCACUUACGACUACUCCGUGUUGUUUCCCGGACCAAAUCUGAACAUGAUCGUUGGAGCCAAUGGAACCGGCAAGUCCAGCAUCGUGUGCGCCAUCUGUUUGGGUCUGGCUGGAAAGACCGCUAUCCUGGGCAGAGGCGACAAGGUCGGGCUCUAUGUCAAGCGAGGGUGCAACAAAGGAUUCAUUGAAAUUGUGCUAUACAAGACUGGUGGUAAUGUAGUGAUCAACAGAGAGAUCCAUGUGGAGAACAAUCAGUCUCUGUGGAUGCUGAAUGAUAGACACUGCAACCAGAAGUCCGUGGAAGAAGAAGUCAAGGCUCUGCGUAUCCAAGUCGGCAACCUCUGCCAGUUUCUGCCUCAGGAAAAAGUGGGAGAGUUUGCCAAGAUGUCCAAAAUUGAGUUGCUGGAGGCAACUGAGAAGUCAGUAGGACCACCAGAAAUGUACGAGUACCAUUGUGAGCUCAAAAACUUUCGCAACAGAGAACGAGAACUGGAGAACGUUGUGAAGGAGAAGGCCAGUUUCCUCGAAAAGGCCAAGCAGAGGAACGACAGGAACAAACAUGACGUGAACCGCUAUUACGAAAAGAAGAGGCACCUGGACGUGAUUGAGUUGCUUGAUAAGAAGAAACCGUGGGUGGAGUACGAGACCACCCGAAAGGAGUGUGAGGCAGCAAAGAAGGAGCGAGAUGAGGCCAAAAAGCAGCUUUCUGCCCUGAAGCAGGCCCAGGCGCCCAUGCUGAGGAAGAUCCAGCUGAUUGAUAACCAGCUGAAGCCCACUGAGGCACAGAUAAAGGCUAAGACACUCGCCAUCAAAGAAGCCUCUCUGAAGUGCAAACAGAAACAAGAGCAGUUGGAUCGAAAACACAAAGAGAUAGAAGAUAUUAAGCAGACUCAAAAGCUGAAGCAGAUGGAAGAGGAAGACCACCAGAAGCGAAUCAGCAACACCAGACGGACCAUCGAGGACUUGAAGGCGGAGCUCGCCAAAGUUGCCGACCAACCCGACGUGACUCCGCGGAUCAACGCCGUCAACCUCGAGCUGAGAAACAUCCGGGAGGAGAGGGCGAAGAUCGAGGGAGAGAAGGGCGACCUGCGCAGGGAGAAAGAGAACCUGCACGCUGAGACCAGAAUGUUGCUGAGAAAGCUCAGUAACAUGAACAACAUGAUGAAUGCCAAAGAGGAGAAGCUGCGAGGACGCCACCGGGACACGCACGCCGCCCUCCAGUGGCUCCGACAGAACAGACAGCUCUUUGUUGGAAAUGUCUAUGAGCCCAUGAUGCUGGUGAUCAACGUGAGAGAUCAUCGCUUUGCUAAAUUCGUGGAAAACCACAUCUCAUUCCACGAUCUGCGGGCGUUUGUCUUCCAGAAAAAAGACGACAUGGAGAGGUUCAUGACCGAGGUUCGUGACAAGUUGAACCUGAAAGUCAACUCCAUAUCUGCUCCGGAGGAUUCGUGCUCCAGGCGGCCGCCAUCCCGAAAUAUUGAGUCCCUGAGGCGUUUCGGGUUCUUCACCUACCUACGCGAGAUGUUUGACGCCCCCGAUGAGGUGAUGAGUUACCUCUGUCACCAGUACAAAGUGCACGACGUCCCUGUGGGCAACGAGCAGACUAAAGCCAUGAUUAAAACGGUGAUUGAGGAGCCCUACCUCAGGGUGUUAUACACAACAGAUGAGAGGUACACUUUGAAGAGGUCCUAUUACUCCAACAAGAUCAGCACCAGUAACUCUGCAGUUCACGCUUCCCAGUACCUCAUCAUCACGGUGGAUGCUGAAGAGAAACGGCUGCUUGAGCAGCAGAUGAAGGGCUGCGAGUCGAAGCUACGAGACAUCGAUGAGCGGAUAAAAGCCCUGCAGGCAGAAGCCGCCACACUUGAUCGCCGUGACAACGAGUUGUUGGCGGAGAAGAAGCACCUUUGUGAGGUGAAGGGCAAAAAGAGGCAACUGGAGCAGAAGAUCAGUACUAAGCAAGACAGUCUGAGACAAAUGGAGCAGAGCGUUAUUAACCUGCAGACGAUUGAAGAGGAAACUAAAGCGAAAAUUGCAGUUGUCAACGCAGAGAAAGUGUCCAUAAUCACAGUGUUCCUGGCCCAAAUUAAGCUGAGAUCCAAGCUGACCAUGGAGAAGGUGUACCUGGCUUUGGACUCCGUGGGUCUGAUGGGUGAGAAAAACAAGCUGGAGAAUGAUUGUAGACACGGCGCCUCUGAACUCAAGAUAACUGAGCAAAAAUGCAGCCGUCUGGAGCAGAGGAAAGUGCAACUGACGGAGCAAUGCAAAGGCCUGUUGAAGAGAGCGAUGUCAAUUUGUAAGAUGAGACCCGAUGAGUCAUUACCCGAAGACCUUCGUAACGCUUUCAGCAAGCUGCCUGACACGCUGGACGAGAUCGAUGCCAUGCUGAAUGAGGAGCGGUCCAGAGCGGAGUGCUUCACUGGCCUCAACGAAAAUGUUGUUGACGAGUACAACAAGAGAGAGCAGGAGAUCAAACAUCUGGAGAAAGAGCUGGAAGACGAGAGCAGCGCUCUAAACACCUACCGACAAAACAUAUCCGAGGCUAAGGAGCGCUGGCUAAACCCGCUGAAGCAGCUGGUGGAACAGAUAAAUGACAAGUUCAGUGAUUUCUUCCGCUCCAUGCAGUGCGCAGGAGAGGUUGACCUGCACUCAGAGAACGAGGAGGAGUAUGACAAGUAUGGGAUCCGAAUUCGGGUGAAGUUCCACAGCAGCACUCAGCUCCACGAGCUCACGGCGUACCACCAGAGCGGAGGAGAGCGCAGCGUCUCCACGAUGCUCUACCUCAUGGCCCUGCAGGAGCUCAAUCGCUGCCCCUUCAGAGUUGUGGACGAGAUCAAUCAGGGAAUGGAUCCUGUAAAUGAGAGAAGAGUGUUUGACAUUGUGGUCCGCACAGCCUGCAAAGAGACCACAUCCCAGUACUUCUUCAUAACACCCAAACUGCUGCAGAAUCUUCAGUACGCUGAUGAGAUGACUGUCCUCUGCGUCCAUAACGGCAGCCAAAUGCUUCCCCCCAACCAAUGGGACGAGAGGGAAUUCAUCAAACGAUGUCGCCAAAGAAAAGCCGUGGCAUGAGCCUACAGUUUUACCUCCACUGCAAGAAUUAAAUUCAUUAGAAUUAUUGAAAUGAAACUGAUGUUCAUCAUUCUCCAUCCAUGUCUGUUAAACCCUUUUAUUUUUGAUAAAAUGGAUUACGUGAACCUUGGAAAUUUAAUGUUUGAGUUGUUAUUCUGAAGGCUUUUUCAAAACCUCAACAUUGGGUACAUAUAAGAUGAAUGUUUAUAAAACAGACUUAAAACUUAAA